AUGUUUAAUAAUAAUAAUGAAGAAGAAGAAGACAGUUAUAGAAGAGGUCGAGGAAGUUGUAAUUCAUCAGAUAGUGAUUUUGAAAAUGGUACGAACGAAUGUAUGAAUAAUUUUAAUAAUUAUAAUAAUUUUAAUCGUUAUCAUGAGCAGAAUAUAAAUUCAUGUGAAAUUGAUGAGUUAUGUGUUGAUGAUAGUAAUGAUGAUAGUAGUAGUAAAUAUAAUGAUAGAGAAAAUAUAGAUAACAAUUUUGAGAUUAAUAUGAAUAUAAAUUUUGAUGGUAUAUAUAAUUAUAAGAAUUUAAGACCAGUAAAUGAGAAUGAAGUAGAAUUAGUUGUUGAUAAUUUUUUUGAAAAAAUAAGAAAUAAUGAAGAAGUAUAUUCUGAAUGGAAAAUAUGUCCAAAUUUUAUAUUUAGAAUAUUAUUCAUACCUAAAUCAAGAGCUAAUAAUUUUAUAUAUCCAGUAGCAUCUUCAUUUAUAGAAACCAUUCCAAAAGAUGAUUGGGUGUCUGAUUGGGGCUUCAGUGAUGUUCAAUAUUAUAUUAUAUUAAUAAAUAUAGCUGAUUAUAGAAAAUCAUAUUAUAAAAUUGAUCAUUUUAAUUUUAAUCAUCUAAAUACAGAUAGAGGGUGGCAUAAUUUUGUGCCCUUUGAAAAAUUAAGAGAACCAGGAUUUAUAAGUGAAAAUGGACAAAUAAUUUUAAGAGCUGGAGUAUAUCCAUUCGGGUCAGAAUCUUAUAAAAAUAGUAGAGAUAUAAAUUAUGAUAGUAAAAUGAGAACAGGAUUUGUUGGAUUAAAAAAUCAUGGUGCUACAUGUUAUAUGAAUGCUUUACUUCAACUUUUAUAUCAUAUCAAUAUUUUUAGAAAAGCUGUAUGUAUGAUGAUAUUUAAUAUAGAAAAUAUUAUAGGGAAAAAAACUCUCAAAUUUUUUAAAAAUAAAUUCUAUAAGAAAAAAAGAAAGUAUAAAAAAAAGUCCAUAGAUGCAAAAAAUAUUCUACCCAUAAAUAAUAACAUACAUCCUCAUCACACCAACAACAAUAAUGAUAAUAAUAAUAAUAAUAAUAAUAAUAAAAAUAAUUCUGUUGAUGUUGAUGUUGAUGUUGAUGUUGUUGAUGCUGUUGAUGAUGAUAAUAAUAAUAUAUUAUUUCAAAAUGUCAGAGGCUAUGAAAGUGAUAAUUUUAAAGAAUUAGAAAAUAAUAAUAAUGGCCAAUAUUUAAAAAAAGAACGUAAAAAAAAAAAUACUCCAAUGGAUGAUCAAGUGGAGCAACAAAAUGAAGAUGAUAAUUCCCAUAUAACAAAUAAACCAUAUAAUAAAAUAAAACGUGUUUCAUAUAACACAACAGAAACUAUAAAAAAUUUUAAAUCUGAUAUGUUUGUAGAUAAUAAUAAUACACAUUCGUCUAAAGAUAUAUUAUUAUCACCCUCUACAUCAUCCAUGUAUAACAAUCAUGAUAACAAUGCUGAAGAAAGACAAAAAGAAACAUCCCUCAUAUUGAAUAAUGACUCAUGUCAUAAAUUAAAUAAUAUGCAAAUAAAGGAUCUACCCUUUGAAGGCACAUCAAAUGAAAAUAAUACAACCAACAAUAAUAAUGGUAAUAGAAAUAAUAAUAGUUGUAAAAGUCCUUUAUUAUUAAGGGAUCAAAAUGAUAGUCUAAAUAAUUUAAGCGACAGUGAAACGAACAACAAUAAAAAUAAAAAUAAUAAUAAUAGUAAUAGUAAUAAUAAUAGUAAUAAUUAUCAAUAUGAAAUAAAAAAUUAUAAGAAACAUACUUAUUCAAAUGUAUCCUCAUCAGACCCAUCUAUAGAAAAUACAAGAAUUAAUGACAAGGGAAACGAGAAUACUAAUUUUUUAGGUUCUACAAAUAAUUCAAAUCUUAACCAAGUAUCUAAAUAUGGAAAAAAAAGUAAAAAAAAAAGCCUGCUUCAUGAUGCUAAAAAGAAUUUAAAAAAAAAAAAAAAAAUUAUUAAAUAUGGAAAUGAAAGGAAAUCUGAAAAUAAUGUAGAAAAUAUUGAAAAUUUUGAAAGUGCAGAUAAUGGAGGUAGUAUGGAAAAUGGGAUAUCGCAAGUAUCCUCUUCUGACAACUUUUCUAAUAUAUCUAAUAUUUCUAGAAAGAAAAAAAAGAAAUAUUCAUCUAAUAGUAAAUCGAACCUAUUAAUAAAUAAUAAGAAAAUGAAGAAUUAUUCUUCAUUAAGUUUAAUCAAAAAUAAUAACUGUAAUGAUGAAUAUAAUAUGACAAGUGGACAUAAUGUUGGUAAUAUGAAGAAUAGUGGAAGUAUUAAUAAUAUGGAUAAUAUUGAUAGUAUGAAUAGCAUUAAUAAAAUUUAUGAUUUUCACAGUGAUGAUGAACAGGGUAAAGAUAAACAUGAUUCAAAUAGAGAUGGUAAUGAAGAUGAUAAUGAUGAAGAAGAUUUGUAUGACCGACAUAUACAGAAGAGUUAUACGUUUAAUUAUUCAGACAGUGAUUUAUCUGUAAUAUCAAUUACAUCUUCAGGUUCGUCAGCUUAUGUGUCGUGUUCUUCUUCUUCAUCAUCUUAUUAUUAUAAAAAGAAAAAAAGGAAUAAAUAUGUGAAAUCCAAAGAAGUAGAUUAUAAAAAUAUUUUACUAGAAGAACAAAAUGAAAAGAAAAAUAUUCUUCCAACAUCUUUAGCUUUACAAAAUUUAUUUUAUAAAUUACAUACAGUAGAUGAAGCUGUUUCUUGUAAGGAAUUAAUACGAUCAUUUGGUUGGGAUGCAAGUGAUGUGUUUACACAACAAGACACACAUGAAUUAUUAAAAUUGUUGUUAGAUAAAGUUGAAGAACAGAUGAAAGGUACUGUAGUUGAAGGAUCUGUAAAAAAGAUGUUUGAAGGUGAAGUGGAAACAUAUAUUGAAUGUUUAGAUAUAGAUUAUAAGAGUAUAAGAAAAGAGACUUAUGAAGAUAUACAAUUAGAUGUUCAAGGAUGUAAUAAUAUAUAUGAAUCAUUAGAUAAAGCAAUUGAAGCUGAAGUAUUAGAAGGAGAUAAUAUAUAUGAAACAGAUGGAUAUGGUAAGCAGAAAGCUAAAAAAGGAAUGAGAUUUUUAAGUUUUCCUAAUAUUUGUAUUUUUUUAUUAAAAAGAUUUACAUUUGAUUUACAAAGAAUGGAAACAGUAAAAUUAAAUAAUCGUUUUGAAUUUUAUAAAGAAUUAGAUUUAACUAAAUAUUGUAAUAAAAGUGGAAGUGAAUAUGUAUUACAAGCUGUUUCUGUUCAUCAAGGUAAUAUGAAUAGUGGUCAUUAUUAUUCUUUUAGUUAUAAGCAUAAUGAAAAUUUUUGGUUAAAAUGUGAUGAUGAUAAAAUAUUUAGAGUAAGUGAAUAUUCAGUUAUUAAUGAUAAUUUUGGUGGUUAUGAUAUAAAUAUACAAACUGAUCUAUAUGAUUUUGAUAUAUCUGAUAAUAUAAAACAAAGAUUAAAAAAUUAUAGUGCAUAUAUGUUAGUAUAUGUUAAAAAAUCUUUAAUACCUAAACUUAUAAAAGAAUGUGAUCCAGCUGUUGUUAAUCCUCAAGUUGUUAAAAGAUGUAAAUUAGAAGAAAUGAUUAAUAAAAAAAGAUAUAAACUUAAAGAUGAAAUUCUAGAAUAUGUUAAAAUAAGAGUUUAUGACAAAUAUUCUUAUGUUCAUAAAUCAUUUCAAGAUCUUCCACCAUAUGGUAUCCCAUCAUUAUUCAAUAUUAAAUUCGAUCGUAGCAAAACUGUCAUUCAAGCAUUUUAUAAAAUAUUAAAAAUUAUUAAAAGGAUAUAUACCAGGAAAAACCAUAAGCACAAAAAAAAAAUAUUAAAAAAAAUUAACAAAAAUAAUAAUCUUAAUUCUAUAAAUCAUGACAAAGUAGUAUCUUUGGAUGAUAAUAUUAAAACAAAUCAAGCACCAAAUCAUAAAAUCAAAAUAGGUUCAAUGACAGAUACACACCAUAGUUCUUAUGAUAUAAAUUCACAUGAGAAAAAAGAAGAAUCAGAAGAAAAUGAAGAUAAUAAAAAGGACGAAAGAAUUAUAUCUGACAUGGGUUCAAAAAAAAAUAAAAAUAAAAAUAAUAAUAAAAAUAAAAAUAAUAAUAAUAAUAAUAAUAAUAAUAAUAAUUAUAACCAUAUUAAUAGUAGCAGUACAGAUGGUGAUCAAAUGCAUGACUGUUAUAAAGAAACAUAUUAUAAACAUAUCAAACAAAAUGGUAAAGAAGAAAAAGAUAUAUAUAAUAAUAUUGAAUUAAAAAAUGAAACCAAUUAUGAUAAUAAAGAAAUGAUACAUUGUAAUAAUCAUAUUAAUAUAAUAGAUAAUCAGAGUAAUCAUAGUGAUUGUUAUGAUAGUGAUACGUCAUCUGUUAAUUUAUCUUCUUCAUAUUCUUCAUCUGAUGAUUCUUCAUCUUCUAUAUCAUCUGUACCUUCAUGUUGCACUGUAAAAUCAUUAGAUAAAUAUAUAAAUUAUAUAUCAAAAAAUGAAUUGGCAAAUAUUAAAGAAAAACCAGAUGUGAUAAAUAAGAAUACAUCACAAGAUAAUAAUAAUAAUAAUAAUAAUAACAUCACAUCAACAAAUAAUAAUUUAUCUCCUGUAUCUGUUUCAUGUUCAUCAAAUUCUGACGAUGAUUCGUCUUCAUCAUCAUAUGAUCAUUUAAAAAAAAAGAAAUGUUUCUAUAUUUUGUUAUCAUCCAAUGAUAUACAUCGUUAUUAUCCUUUAGAUAUGAAAUUGUAUAGUAAUAUAUAUUUAUAUGAUUUGUUUAAAAAGACAAAUAAAGAAUCCAAUGAUUUAUUUCCUACUAUUGAUAUAUUGUAUUUGCCCUAUAAUAAAAGGACAAUAAUAUCAUCUAAAAAUUAUAAUAACAAUAAUAAUAGUAAUAAUAAUAGUAAUAAUAAUAUCAAUAAUAAUAGUAAUAGUAAUAAUUAUAAAAAUAGAACCGCCCUAUUUGUAUUUAAAUAUUUUGAUAUUUAUGCAGAAGAGAAGAUCAAUGAUUCCUCCCUUAUAUGCCUAGAUUUCAUACACUGUGAUAUACAUUUAAAACCUAAACAGUUGGAACUUCGAUUAAUUGAGAAAAUUUUAAAAGCUAUGGAUAAAGGUUAUAUCACUAAAUAUAAUUAUGAUUUAUUAAAAAAUUAUAUUAAUAAUGAAUAUUUUGAUUCAGAUGAUCCUUUAAAUUUUAAGAUAUUUGUAGAAUAUAAAAAUAAAUGUAAUUUAAUAAAAAGUAAAAAAAUUAUAGCACAUAAUAAAAUAUCACCUGGUGAUAUUUUCAUUUUUAAUUUCUUAAGUAAUAUGAAUUUAGAAAAAAAAAAAAAUUUUAUGCAAAGAUUAGGUAUGAGAAAAGAAGAUUUAUAUCUAGAAGAAGAAAAUAAUCCUUCAUAUGAUGUAGAUCUUAAUUCCAAUACUUUAUUUAAGAUUCUUUAUAAAAAAAUCAAACUCAUACAUAAAAUGUAUAACUGCUGUUAUAUAAUUAAUAAUAAGAAUGGUGUCUAUUACAAAAUAUUAUUAGAUACAGAUAAAAAUAAUAAUAACAUAAAGAACAACAUUAAUAAUAAAUAUAUUUCUAAUAAUAAUGAUAAGGAAAAAAAUAUAGCUACACAUCAUAUAAAAAAAAAUGAAAAGGAUACGACACAAUCAAAAGAUAUAUAUAAUAAUGAAAAAAACAAAACUGAUCAUAACGAAUUAUUAAAUGAUAACUAUUUUGAACGUUUUAAUGAUAAUGAGAAACAAGAUGAAAAGAAUAAAAGUAAUAUGUAUUUAAAUCAAAAUGUAUAUGCAUCUAAAAAUGAAAAAGAUGUAUAUCAUUAUAAUGAUGAUGAAGAUUAUACUAGAGAUGCCAACUAUUUUAAUUUCAUUCCUUCAUGUGAAAGGGUUGCUAAAAUGAAUUGUGCAAAUAAUCAAAUUGGAAAUAUUAAUAUGUGUGAUAAAAAUAAUACAUAUGAUAAUAUAAAAAAUGAAGAUUCAGAUAGUGUUAUACUGUGUAAUGCAGAUCAAAAUAUAUCUUCUUCAUUAUCCUAUAAAGUCCAUGACACAUAUGGAGCAGACCAAAUUAACAACAAUAAUAAUAAUAAUAAUAAUAAUAAUAAUAAUAUGUAUCAACAUAAUGAUAUACAAAGUAACCUCAAUUUUAAUAUAUUUAAUAUAAAUAAAGAUAAUUUGUCGUAUGAAGAAGUUUUGAAAUUAUAUCAGUAUUUAAAAAAUUAUGGUUCUCAAUUAGAAAGAAAUAAUAUUUCAUCCACAUAUACGUUAUUAAAUGAAAACAUGUUAGAAGAAAUAAAAGAAAGUCUAUUUUAUAAUCAAAAAAAAAAACAAAUUUCUAAAAAGGAUAAAAGUGUUCAGGUAUUAAAUAAUGAAGGAAUAAAAAUAUGUAGAGACUAUCAAUAUCCUUUUUAUAGUCCUCCCACAUCAGAUGUAUGCACCGAUGAAGAUAAUAAUAAAAACAAUGACAACAAUAAUUAUCAUAAUAACAAUAGUUGUAGUAGUAUUGUAAGCUUGAGAAGAAAAAAGAAAAGAAACAAACAAACAAAUAUGGACAACGAAAAUGAAAAUGAUAAUAAAAAAAAUGAUCAACAUGGAAAUCAAAAUGGUGUUAUAAAAAGUCAGAAUUGUAUAUCUACAUAUAAUAAUAAUUACUACAAUAAAAAUGAUAAUAAUGUCAGAGAUAAUAAUGUCAGAGAUAAUUUACCAAUUAAACAAGAUAGUAACAACAAAAUUGUAGAUAUAAAAAAAGUUAGUAGUAUAAAUAAUAUAUCUACAUCUAAUAAUUUAAAUUCAUCAAAUGAACAUAAUAUAUAUAAUGAAAUUAUGGUUCAAUGUGAUUCAGAUAUAUCCUUAUGUUCAUCCGCCAACUCAUGUUUGACCUAUACAUCAGAAAGUACAGAUUUUUAUAUAUAUCCAGGAGAGGAGCUUGCCGAAUUUCAAUAUGUACCAGAAAUAUUUGACCAUAAAAAGAAAAAAAUAAAAAAUAAAAAAUUAAAGAACAAGAAGAAGAAGAAAAAGAAAAAGAAGAAGGAGGAAAAGAAAAAAACUGAUACUAUAAAAAAUGAAGAAUCAUCAUCUAUAGUAUCCAAUUCAAAUGAUCAUCAAGAUGAUGAUGAUGAUAAUAAUAAUAAUAACAAAUUGAAACAUUUAAAAAGUGCUAGUGUUCAUAAAAAUAGUAUGACAAUUUUUGAAGAUGAUAAAAGCAAUGAUGACAAUAAUGAUGAAUUGAAAAAUGAUUUAUUUAAUUUGAAAAAAGAUAAAUAUAUAUCCAACGAUAUCAAAUCCAAUAGUUAUAAUAAAAAUAAAGAAAGAGAUAAUAGUGUACAUGGUUUAUCAAAUGUUGAUGUUGAAAAUAUGGGAUAUACAAAAAAGGAUGUAACAAAUCGAGACUUGGAAAAAAAAACAAGUGAUAUAGAGAAAGGUAUGAGUACUAAUAUAAAUAACAAUAUAGAUUGUAUGUCUAUAUAUGAAGAAAAUAUUACAAAACAAGAUGUAUCGAUAAAAGAUGAAUUUGAAUGUAAUCAAAAAAAUAUGAGGGACAGUAAUAAAAUAGCUAAUGAGCAUAAUAUGAAUAAUAUUGUAUUUUCUAAAAAGGGUUCACUAAAUAAUUCAUUGUGUAAAAAUUCUGUAUAUGUGGAAGGAGUCAAUGAAAAGGAAAAAAAUAAUGACAACAAAAAUUACAACAAUGACAAUAUUAAUAAUAGUAGUAGUAACAAUGUGGUUAAUGAUAAGAUGGAUGAGCAAGGAAAUAUCCAACCAAAGGACAAUAUAAAUAAUAACAAUAAUGAUGAUGAUGGUAGUGAUGAUGAUGAUAGUGAUUAUGGUGGUGAUAAUAGUAAUGAUAAUGGUAAUGAUAAUGGUAGUGAUAAUAGUAAUAAUAAUAGUAAUGAUAAUAGUAAUAAUAAUAGUAAUGAUAAUAGUAAUAAUAAUAGUAAUGAUAAUAGUAAUGAUAAUAAUUGUGGUGGUGUAAAAAGAACAAGUUCUAAAUGUCAUAGAAUUAUAAAAAAAUCUGGAGGAGUUGCACACAAAGAAGAACCCAUAUUACCAUUUUAUGUGAUCUGUGAUUAUUUAAAUUUUAUUGAACGUAAAUAUUAUGUUAAUAAAAUACGUUUUAAAUUAUAUGAUCCAAUUUAUCAAUUAGGAAAAUAUAAAAAUUGUGCAGGAAUUAUUUUAAAAAAGAAUAUAAAAAAGAAUUAUCCAAAUUAUAUUGAUUCUUACUUUUUAUUUUUAAAAAAAGAAUUAUUAAAAAUUGAUUUAGAUAUUGAUAUAAGAUGUCCAACAAAACAAAUAUUAAAACAUGUAUGUUAUAAAUUAAAUAUAGAUCCUACUCAUAUAUUAAUAUAUUCAUUUCCACCAUUAACUAGUCCUGUUAAUUAUACUUCUUAUAAUAUAGAUUCUUUUACAUAUAAAACAGAUAAUACAGAUUAUUCUAACCAUCAAAAACAUAAUAAUAUUAUACAAUAUGGACACGCACCAUUUGAUGCUUUAUUAAAACAACAUUCUAUGUUAUUAGAACAUCAUCCAAUGACUGAAAAUAAAACAUUCUGUUUGUCUAUAUUACCAUUUCAUUAUAAAUUUACAUCAAGAUUAUAUCCUAUAGAAAGACCGAAAUAUUUUUAUUAUGUAAUACAUUUAUUCAAUGCUCAUGUUCAAUCAGUGGCUGCUUUCAAUGGACAUAUUAAAAUUAAAAAAGAUAUAAAUGAUGAUAUAAAAACACAUGAAAAAAUCUAUGAACAAAAUGAUCAUGAUAUAAAUAGCGAAUAUUCAUCUUCUCUUUCUGACAAUUCUAGUAGUACUAUUGUUAAUAAUGAAUAUAUAACAGAUAACUAUACAACAGUUCAAGAUCUAAUUGAUAAAAUCAAAUUAGAAAUCAACCCAUACUUAAAAAAAAGAGGUAUUGAUAUAAAACAAAAAUUCAGAUUGUUAUAUUCCUUUGGACCACAAAUUAGAUAUCUACAUAAUGAUGAGUAUCUCGUAGAAAUAGACUUUGUCAAAUCAAAUCCAAUCAAAAAUUCGUAUGUCGCACCCAUAAGAAUGGAGCCUGACUUUUCAGACGAACAAAAGGAAAUGAUCAAGCGAAAUGAAUUGAAGGUAAUUCAUGUUUUUAAUCAAACACCAUCAAAAGAAAUAUUCGGUUACAGUUUUGACGUCCUUGUGGAGCCAAAUGAUAAUAUGCAGGAUAUUAAGCAUAAAAUAAAAAAACGAACACUACUUCCAAAAUAUAUAUUUGAUAAAAUUACUUUUUUUGAAUUUGAAAAUGGUCAAAGGAUAUGGAGAUCUAAUGAUGAUACCAUAAAUUGGAAUAAUAAAGAUUAUGCUAUUCUUAUAGGAGAACAUCAUGCACCUUCUCAGUCCAAAGCUCAAAUGGGAAUGAAAAUAGCAUAA